UGUUUUUUGUUUUUUAAAAUAAAAUUUAUAGUUUUAAAAAUUUUCGCCAUCAAAAGAGAACCCGGAAGGAAAGAAAGCAAACGCUACCUUUUUGCAACGGACCAAAUCAACAAGAUAUUAGUUUUAGCUAUAGAGCAUAGCUCGUUGAUCAAAAUUACAAUCCACCCACCCACCCCAUUUCUUUUGGUUUUCUUUUCUGUGAUCGACGAACUUUCCUUUUAGGUUUUGGCAGAUUUUCCAAAGAGAAAGGAUCAGAGGCAUCGAUGGGUCAAGCUUUUCGCAAGCUCUUCGAUACUUUCUUCGGCAACUCCGAGAUGCGGGUUGUGAUGCUUGGACUGGAUGCAGCUGGCAAAACAACUAUACUGUACAAGCUACACAUUGGAGAAGUUUUAUCAACUGUUCCUACAAUUGGUUUCAAUGUGGAGAAAGUUCAAUAUAAGAAUGUGAUAUUCACUGUUUGGGAUGUUGGAGGGCAAGAAAAAUUGAGGCCACUCUGGAGGCAUUACUUUAACAAUACAGAUGGGCUGAUCUAUGUUGUUGAUUCCUUAGAUCGCGAGAGAAUUGGAAAAGCAAAGGCAGAGUUUCAGGCCAUCAUCAAGGAUCCAUUUAUGCUCAACAGUGUUAUCUUGGUGUUUGCCAAUAAACAAGACAUGAAAGGAGCAAUGACACCAAUGGAAGUAUGUGAAGGACUUGGUCUGUUUGAUCUCAAGAACAGAAAAUGGCAUAUACAAGGGACUUGUGCCCUUAGGGGAGAUGGCCUUUAUGAAGGCUUGGACUGGCUAGCUGGAACUCUCAAGGAAAUGAAAGCUGCUGGAUACUCUUCAGUUGGCACCUCAUCUUUCUAAUUGUCCAGGUUGAAACUCUCUACCUACUUGCAUCAAAAGGAGGGCAAGCCAUCCAUUCCAUUUUAUUUCUCAUCCACUUUUUCUGCAGGGUUGUAAGUGGCCUUGGUUCUGUCAAUUGAUAAAGCUGACAAGUCAGCCAUUUGGACAUCAGAAGAUCCUGACUUGUAUAAAUUUUUGGGCUGUUCUAAAGCUGAUGAAGUUUAGUAGGUGCUUAUUAUCAGGCCUUGACACUGAAACAUGUGAUUUCCUCCAAUGUAUAUUGCAGACGCAGGCCCUGCCUUUGAUAAAUAUAAUUCCAAUCUGGGGAUCUAUGUAUGCUUUGAAUUGUCUCCUGGAAUACUGUUUGCAUAUAUUCUAAAUACUAUAUAGAAGGUUAAUGACAUUUCUCUCUC